AUGAGUGACGUUCACAUCGACGCCGCUACGUUCCACAAGCGGUUGCUGAUCAUCCAGGCCAAUAUGGUGGUGGAUAAGCUCCAGCAAUUGUUGACGGUGGUGGGAGCGCGUGACGAGGACAACACCUACAAGAAGCUGACGGUGUUGCAGACGUGGUUGUUGGGCUACGAGUUCAACCAGACCAUCAUCUAUAUCACUCAGGAUAAGUGUAUUUUCAUCACUUCCGAACUGAAGGCGAAGUACCUCAAGGGACUUACCGCUCAGCCCACGGCGAACUCGUCAGAAGUGGAGAUCUGGGAACGCACCAAGGAUAAGGAAAAGGCGAAGGAAGUGUUUGAAAAGCUUGUCCAAUUAAUCAAGGACACCGAUGACGGCAAAUAUGGCUUUGUGGUUAAGGAUUCCUACAAGGGUAAAUUCAUCGACGAGUGGGAUGAAGUGGCUAAGGAUCUUACUAAUAAGGUGGAUAUCGCUCCGUUAUUGCUGAAACUGAUGGAAAUCAAGGACGCCGAGGAAUUCUCUGCCACCCAGACUGCCGCCAAGUGCUCGACGGUGAUGAUGGAGAUCGUCACUGAAGAUAUGAUGCAAAUCAUCGACGAGGAAAAGAAAAUCACCAACGCCCAAUUCACCGAUAAAAUCGAAGAGAAAUUAGAUAACCCGAAGUGGUUUACUAAGCUGAAGUUGGGCAAACAGUUAUUGGUGCCUCAACGUGACUUUGACUACGAAUUGGUCGACUGGUGCUACCUGCCCAUCAUCCAGCUGGGAGGGCAGUACGACCUCAAGCCGCUGGCGGUGUCGGAGGACACGCAACUCAAAGGUGACGUGGUGGUGGCGUCGAUCGGGUUACGCUAUAAGCUGUACUGUCUGAACGUCGCCAGAACGUUUAUGAUCGACCCCACUAAGGACAUGGAGGAAAACUACGAGUUUUUGAUCAAAUUGCAGGAACACGUCACCCUGUUGAUGAAGCCGGAAGUGUCGGCUCUGCUGAUCUAUGACCGGGCCGUCAAGUACAUUGGUGAACACAAGCCCGACUUGACGUCUCACUUCACCAAGAACUGUGGGUGGCUUAUGGGUAUUGAGUUCAGAGACUCUCUGUUCGUGUUGAACAGUAAAAACGAUCGCCAAUUGCAAGCGGGUCAAAUCUUCUCGGUCACCCUUGGGUUCUCGGGGCUUAAAAACCUGAAGGGUAAGCACUACGCUGUGGUGUUGACUGACACUUUCAAGGUCGGCGAACACGAACCUAUUCGUUUGACUAACUACGCUAAGACUUUGAAGGAAGUUACCUUCUACUUCAAUGAUGACGCUGAAGAAAUCAAGGCGAAGAUAAAGCAAGAAAAGCCCAAGUCGGAAACUCAAUUGGAACUGAGAGUUAAGAAGUUGCGUAACGAAAGCAACGGCGCUCUGGAUAACACUGCGGAAAAGUUGCGUCAAGAGAUUCAAACCAAAUUACACGAAAAACGUCAACAAGAAGGUUUGGCUCGUUUCUCUAAGGCCGACGCUACCGAUCUGACUGAGUACCGCCCCAUCUUCAAAAAGUACGAAUCGUACGUGCGUGAAUCGCAAAUCCCGUCGCAAGUGCGUGAUCUUAAGGUCCACGUUGAUUACAAAAACCAUACUAUUUUGUUACCUAUUUGCGGUCGGCCGGUGCCGUUCCACAUCAACCUGUUCAAGAACGGGUCGCAAAAUGAGGAAGGCGAAUACACUUACUUACGUCUUAACUUCAACUCCCCUGGUGCUGGUGGUAACGUUCUGAAGCGUACUGAACUUCCCUAUGAAGAUAACGGUGAGCUGUCAUUCAUUCGUUCAUUCACUUUCCGCUCCAAGGAUAGACAAAGAAUGGUUGAUGUCCUCAAGGCGAUUCAAGACUUAAAGAAGGACGCCACUAAGCGCGAGCUGGAACGCAAGCAAAUGGCCGACGUUGUCACUCAAGCUAACCUCAUUGAAAUCAAGGGCCGGGUGAAGAAGUUGGAUAACGUUUUCAUUCGUCCUCCUCCCGACUCCAAGAAGCUUGGUGGGGUGUUGCAGAUUCACCAAAACGGUAUCCGCUACCAGUCGCUGUUCCGCGCUGAUCAAAAGGUUGAUGUCCUUUUCUCUAAUAUUAAGCAUCUCUUCUUCCAGCCAUGCAAGGAUGAAUUGAUUGUCAUCAUCCACUGCCACUUGAAGAACCCGAUCAUGAUCGGUAAGAAGAAGACUUUUGACGUCCAAUUCUACAGAGAAGCUUCAGAUAUGGCGUUUGAUGAAACUGGGGGGCGUAAACGGCGCUACCGUUACGGUGAUGAAGACGAAUUACAACAAGAACAAGAAGAACGUCGUCGGAAAGCGUUGUUGGACAAGGAAUUCAAGGGUUUUGCCGAACAAAUUGCUGAAGCGCUGAACGGUAUGAUCGAUCUCGACAUUCCUUUCCGUGAGCUUGGUUUCCAAGGUGUGCCGUUCCGGUCGGCGGUGUUGUGUAUGCCCACCCGUGACUGUUUGAUCCAGUUGAUCGAUCCUCCUUACCUUGUGGUGACUCUUGACGAAAUUGAAAUUGCCCAUCUUGAACGUGUCCAAUUCGGUUUACGUAAUUUCGAUCUUGUGUUUGUGUUUAAGGACUUCAGCAAGCCCGUCGUCCACAUCAACACCAUCCCGAUGGAAGUGUUGGAAGAUGUCAAGGCGUGGUUGACCAAUGUCGAUAUCCCCAUGAGUGAAGGUCCCAUGAACUUGAACUGGGGUACGAUUAUGAAGACAGUUCAACAAGACCCUUACCAAUUCUUCUUAGACGGUGGUUGGUCGUUCCUUUCUGGCGAUGGCGAAUCUGACGAAGAAAUGCAAGAGCUGGAAGAAUCGGAAUUCGAAGUGUCUGACGACGAUCCUUCGGACGAAGAAGUCGACUCUGCCGAGGAAGAACUGGAAGACUACAGCAGUGAAGGCAGCGCCAGUGAAUCCGACGGGUCGGUGGCCAACCUGGAGGACGAAGAUGAAGACGAGGAAAUUUGGGAUGAUUAG